GUGCUGGUUCCCCUGUGCGAGGUUCUCCGGUACGCAACACUGGUGGACUCGGUGGUGGGAGUAAUGCCCCAACGCCGUCGCAAAUGGCAAGUAGUGUUUCGCCGCCAAGUAAGGCACACAUGAGAAACGCUAGUAUGGCCUCUAAUGCGGCGAAGAAUGAGCUAGAAGGCGUCGGUGGGACUGGGACGCCAGUAAAGGCAAAUUAUCGCACUACUGGUGGUAGAGGUAGUGGUGUAGGCUCAAGUAGUUCUGCAUCACCGAGUCGGAAGCCUUCUACCAGUUCUACAACUACAGGCGCUGCUGCUCUAGAGAACACCUUGGCCACUAAGACUGGGAGCGGAGCAGUUGUAGGGACUACAACAGCGUCAACAUCUUCAUUAACGCCUUCUAGGUCCAAGAAUGCUCCCUACGCCAAUGCUGAAGACAAAGCCCCUCCGCCACCAGCAGUGGAGGGAUCCACCUCAAAAUCCUCAACCAGCAGCUCUUCAUCUUCGAGGAAGAGCUCACCUUGCGAUGCUCCAGACGAAGUGUCGCCUGCAAGGCUCCGCGUCUUGCAAGCAAGGCUGUCUAAACUGUCGAAAGAACAGAGUGCCUCUAGGGGAGGUGGAGGACGAGACUUUUCCGGCAGAAAGAAUUCAAAUUCUGUUGGUAAUACAAAAAGUGCUGUGAGCAAUAGUGCCAGUGUGAGUGAACAAGUAGAAGAGGCUGCUGUAGUGAAGAUGAACAAGAAAAGCAGCACAGAAGGAGGAGGUGAGAUUAGAAAGGGUGAUGGCGGAGACCACGGUACUAUUGCCAAUACUACAAGAAAAGAAGGGGAACAAUCUUCAGCAAAAACUUCAUCCUCUACUGGAACAUCUCCUACCAAAGCAAUAGAACAAAGUGCCAAGACGACUUCUACAGAACAUCAAUCUUCUUCGAGCUCCUCGUCUGCUCCGAGCAAGAGAAGACCAUCAAAUCAAUCUUCAGCAGCAUCUACUUCUACUUCGUCCACGUCUCCCAAUAAACAUCUUCAACUACAACAUGGAGCUCAACAAGACCAGCAAAACGCGGCCUCGGAUCCAACAGAGCCAUCCCAGCCAGACGAUUUUGUCUACGUGAAUCGCUUUCCGCAGAUGUAUCACAUAACGAGGAAGGAUUUGCUGGCGCGCAAUCUACAGGGACUACGAAAGUCCCUACCGGACGAUUACAAUUAUGUCGAGGAUAGAAUGGAUUCCAAAUGAUCAGCUUAUCUCAACUUCUUCCCACUAACUCAAUACCUUAUUCUAAUCCCUAUCCCACUUCUCUCUAAUCCCCUACCUACUGUCCAACUUCUUCCUACUACCUCAAUAACUUACUCUAAUCCCACUUCUUUCCGCCAACCUACUGUCUAUCAACCGAUCGUCGCGACUUAACGAAAUAUCUAGCAGCGAGACUGCUUCCAGCGGGACAGAGGGUACAACAAGGCGAUUUCUGCGUGGAUCAUCCACAUCAAGGGGGCACUUCAUCUGAUUAAGGCAUCUUCAUGAAUCUGUUGGGAGUCCAUCUUCGAGCUUCCACCCAAGGCCUUCCUCUAGUGGUCUCGACUGCGGGUCUAGAUGGAGAGGGCCUUCUCGUCGCCCUCUAGAGGGAGAGGAACAGGUCUACUAAGAGGAACCCCUCUAGAUGGAGAGAGACAGGUUCUAGGAUCAUCAAACCGGGAAGCUCUAAUCCGAGAGUGGCUUGAGUAAAACUGUGGAGAAGCUGUCGAUCAGGUCUGCAGGCCUGAGCAAUCCGAACCUUCUUGGACCCCAGGCUGGAGCAGGGUCGCCGAAUAAAGAGCGGGAGGUUAUGACACUGUUGACAUCUCUGUGCUACUUUGACUUGUUUGUCUUAGAAGAGUCGAUGUAGUGGGAAAUCUGGAUCAAGAACGCAUUCUAAAACCCUAGGAUCCUUGACAUCAUCCCCAACCAAGGCAGCUGCAGAAGAUGCGGGAUCGAAUGCAGGCAGCCCCACAAAGGAAGGGGCGCUAGAGCAACUGGAAGACGAGGCUGCUGCUAAAGGAAGUGGGAUGUUAUGGAAAUUGGGUGUUCUUGCUGAUUCGUUCAUCGGAUAGUAGUAGUUGUUUUUCGCUCACGGUCGUCUAAGUGCAACAAGAAUGCAAUACCAUGAAUCUCGUACAGACAAGAUCUGUGUGUAACCAGGAGCAGAUCAAUGUAAGGUUUGUGGACGAUGUGACCGUUCUUUAUGUUGUGGAUCCAACUUCUCUGUAGUCGCUCAUGAUUAUCUCCUCUUCCUCUCUCGUCCUUCAUCCCCUUGGUUUCGCGGUCUCAUGGGUGGCCGAUAUAGUCAGGAGCGCGCUCGCCAACGCUUGAUGAAAAGUAACCCUGACUUGGCUGCGGUUUUGGGUUCUCCUUUGAGCGCUCUAGACGACGCACCACCAUGGCUAGCUGCCAAGACACCAGGUGGGAAAGACGAAGACUUAGACUCUUUCAACGGUGGUGGAGGAGAUGUGGAUGGAGAGUUACGAAGUUUCUUUUGAGUCUUUUGGAAGCGAGCUUCGUUGUGCACGAUCCUUGAUAGAUCAAAUUUUCAGAGAAUUGCUGCGCGAGCAGUGUGAGUCGUAAUGUUUGCGGUGCUUGGUGUUGGUCGUGCUACGUAUUGUACGUGUAACUAUCCUCUUCUUUCUUGCUCUACUCCUCUAACGCUGAGACGCAUGAUCAUGACACCAGGUGGGACGCGAAUUCCUAGAGAGGACGCUGACAACAGUCCCUUAGCUUUGUUGAAGAAAAACGUGCUAGCGGGAAGCAGUGAUAGUGCACAAGUUAUGGUGAGUGAUCGACCGUUUGUAUCUUCAGCUCUCUACAUCUCAUGUUUGUCAAAUUUUACUUGUUGAUGACGGAAGAUCCAUACGCAUGCGACUAGCCGCGCCAUUAAUUAUGGGUUGUCCUGCGUCUGCUGUGCCUCGACACCUCCUUUUUCAUACCCAAAGCCACCGACAAAAAGAGUCAGCGGUGCACGUUUAUCCUGAAGCCUGUGGACGCGGCAAAGGGAAAUGGGAUCCGUCUGCUGCAGAUUUCACAAGACGCCUUUCGACAGGGCGUGUGGCUAGAAGACAUUCUAAAAAAAGUGGAGUCGAUCUUAUGGGACAGUAGUAGAGUUGUUUUAUUCGGUAACCAGUUUUUUUUCAUUUUCCUCCUACUUACCCUCCUCACCCUCUCCAUUCUCGUUUACGUUAUAUUCGGCACUGACUAGUAACAAGAGGAUAAAGUUUCGGCCUCUCAUUCUCUUACAACUCCUUCUGGUGGUUUUAAUUUUGUUCAUCACGACGGACUUACUAGGGAAAAUUGUACCUACUGCUGCCUGUGGUGGAGCGAGAUUCUCAAUUUGUUCCAGAUGAUAUUAAGGUUUUCAUCUUCAUUUCUAGUUCAUCUGCUUCCACACUUGUUGCACAUCACCCUUCCACCCCGCCGUCCCACGACCUCACAUCUUCAUUCUCCAUCGUCGCACCACCGACCAUAAAUCGCGGGAUGACAGAGCAACAAUUCUACCAGUGGAUGCAUGACCAAGGAGUUGUGGUGGAUCGUUCUACCAACACCAUCAUGCACCCAGGCUUACAUAGCGAGAGGACGCUUGCACAACACCGUUUGAUGAACAGCGGGAAGAAGAAUGCAAGUACUACACCAGGAACAAGCAAUUCUAAUCUUUCAGGAAGCACUGGCACAGGAGGAGCAAACGAUGAUCAUUGCGGUUCUACUGCUGGAGGUCGUUCCCCUGCCAAGAUGCCGGACACGGUUGUGCCUGGACAGAAGUGCAAUCGAUUCUUGUUGCAGAGGUAUAUCACAGCACCCGCUACAAUGGAGGAGGGGGUGAAGUGGGACUGCCGAGUCUACGUGCUGAUCACGGCCACAAGGCCAGAGUUGAAGGCGUAUUUGUUUUUAUGGCAGAGGUACAACACUUCUUGAAGUGCGCGAGAGGUUAAAAAGCAUUGUUGGUAUUGACAGAAGAUGUUGAUGUUGACAGAAGAUGUUGAUGUUGACAGAAGAUGUUGAUGUUGAACAAAUAAUCGCUCAUGAUGGCCAUCAGAUCAACACUGAACGAUCGAAUUUUACUUUACUACUUACUACUCUAUUUCACACUCCUUCACCCCCUUUCCCUGGACACGCAAUACUUCUUCCUUCUUCAUUCUCUGACGAAGGAUUUGCGCGUUUGUGCACGCAGGGAUACAGCAAACCACGACCUCGGAAUCUGGAUACAUUUCAGAAGCAUUUGACGAAUUUCAGUAUCAACUGGAAGGACGACAAUUUUGAUGACACUGGGGAACCGCACACAGGCAGCAAAAGGAGUUUGAAGUGCGUGUUGGAGCAGGUAUUCUUUUUGUAAGAACUUGGGUGUGUGAUGAAAACGACGAUGUCGCGUUUGAUCGUGGGUAAAAUAAACUAAGAUGUGACUGUGGUUGGCUUAGUUGUGCUUGAUUCUCAUCCACCUACAACAAUUGCAUGUUGUACGUUUACGUUGACUAUCAUUUCAUCACAAUGUCGCCGUGUAAUAAUUAUAACACGGCGGAUGCAUCAACGGUGGGGCUUGCAGAGACUUGUAUCUCACGGUGUAGUGAAGAUUAGAAUUUUUUGUAAACAUACAUGUAAGUAUCUUUUUCCUCAAAAAGAGCAGCGCUCACAAAUCAUCGAUCCCACCAGAUUUCCCGAACCUACUGUAUUCCUGUGGCAAGGUUAUGGCUGCCAAUUGCGGAUGUAGUGGCCAAGACGCUACUAGCUGUAGCUCCGAAGUUGGAUGUGGCAAAUCGGCGUUAUUUCCCGAAAAACGUCCGCUCCUUUCAACUCUUGGGAUUCGACGUCAUGUACUGAGCUUAAGUACUACAAAUUCUCCCAUGACUCUGACAGUUGUUGAUAGCAGAUGCGAGAUUGGAAGCUUUUCGACUCUGGUAUUGCAGUUGCUGGUACGCCGCAAGAACCCGUUGAAGACAGUUAACUUCUCGACUUUGUAGGAAGAUCAUUGAUGCUGCUGAUGUUGUCCUCUGGUUCACAAAUCAUCUUUAUUCUGCGACAUUCGUACUUCUGGUGCAUACCGCAACAUCACGUGAUCAUUAUCUGGUAAGUAUUACUUACUAUCACAUCUUCUUCUUCACUCUCCACCAAUAACGCCGUAGGUUUCACUCCGAUUUCUCGAAAUGUUGGCUUCUCGAAGUAAACCACGAUCCCUCGCUAUCGGUGUUGACGUAUAUAGAUCGAGUUAUCAAAGGCAAGCUGAUAUCGCAAAUUUUUCAACUCGUUGGCGCAGUUGAAGGCGAGCCAGAGCGUCUAGCAGAGCCUGGGACUCUCAAGACGCAUGAGGAAGUCUUAUGGAAGGAACUGAGGCUCGCUUACCAUUAAACUUUUGAGAUUCUAAGAUCAUUGUCCUGCGGAAGCGGAUCGUCGAAUAAAGAUCGCACUGUCAGUGUGGAAGAUAUUCACAGCUUAGAUGGAACGUUCAAGAUCAAUGACCGAGUCUCUGGUUUUUGUUUUUUCUAGAGAGGUGCCCCACCACAAGCACAACUAUUCUCAAGAGUUGCUUCGUUCGAGCAAGAGCAAGUAAGUACUCUUGCUCCUCCAUACUUGUCCCACUGCCUAUCUAAUGCUUCCAAGCGACCAAACGUCCGCCACGUCUCCGAGCAAACCGAUUCUGACCGGUGCAGGACCGUCGUCACAGGUGUCGCGUAGCAGUUCCGAUGAGGAGGGAUCUGAUCAGAAGAAGCUCUCGUGUCGGUCUCGACCGGGCCUUCUUUCUCGAGAUAGCGAGGAUGAAUACACGAAACGACGCGAAGCAGCGAAGAGACGCAAGCAUAAGGGCAAUACGAAGCAAAAGAUGCUACAAGUGUAUCGCCAGAUGUGGGAACAGUACUACUUAUAAUGUAGUAGGUACUUUUGUAAGCAGCAAUACUUGUUAUAGAAUUCACCAAGAAUGGUUUUUCAUGAUCGCACCUUCAAAUCCAGUUGUAGCUGUUGAUGUAGCUAGGUACUAGCGAUUUCUGUUUGUCUGACCAAGGACGUAUCUAUUCGACACACACGACUUCCCUUAGGUCCAACAAUAGCGAGAGCGAGUAUAGCGAGUAUGAGGACGAGACCAGUGAGAAGGGCGUCAAUCGGCGAGGCAAGAAGCAUUCCCACAAGGGCUUGCUGACAGAGAAUAUUACGAAGUUCUACGCCACAGCGAACUUCAUGUACCUUCUGCCGAUAACCGAGGAGAUGCACGGUCCUCAGUGCUACGGCAAAGCCCAGCAGAUUCGGCAGCUUGCAACACAGCAUGCAUCCAAGUGGUUGGAAUUUUCGGCAGAGCACCUUUACGACAAUGAAGCUGCAAGUCCGCAGAAGUGAAGAAUCUGCGUGGGCAACGAGGCAAGGAGUAGAUUUCGGAAAUGGCGCAUGGCGUCGUGAGGAAAGGAGCAUGUGUAGGGUUUGAGUUGAACAUUCCGUUUGUUUCAUGCAUGAUAAAUAAGUUGUAGUUCCAAGGAUUAGCAGUAGAAGCGCAUUUUUUGUAGUGAAUGGAUUGUAGUAUCAUCAUCUUCAUCUACAUGUGCCUCGCACAGGCACUACUUCAUUUGGAUUUUUCGUAGGCAAGUUUUGGCUACAGUUUUUUUCUGACAGAUUCUUGAGUUGCAGUUUUUCUCUGUAUUUUCCUAUUCCAUGAAGAUUUGAACAGUAUGUAUUCAAACAAUGUGAAAGAAUGAGCACAUCGACGCACCGGAGGCUAUUUGCCAGUGCUUGCUACUUACUCCUAACAUUUUUCAUCUCUGAUCAUUUUUGCGCGUCAAAGAAGGGUCAAAGCAUGUGGGAACGGCGAGGUAAUUAU